CCGUGCUCAGUGCGUACGUUCGUGUCUUGACCUUAUAUUUUUCAGCCUUUUGAUGAGAGAGGAGCGUCGCCCUUCCUGCAAUAGGAAACUGACGUAAAGAACCCAGAUCUAGUCAAUCAAUCUUAAUCAGGGGCUUAAGUAUUGUCAUUUUAUUAAGGUCCGUGUGCUUUGUAGUCCUUUUUCGUCAGAAUUUCUCGCAACUGGUGUCGGCAGCUCUGACAGGAAAACGCAGUCAUCGAGAGGAAGAAAAGAGCAGUGUGUAACCAUUACCAGCAGGCUCCCUGCCUCUUCUUCUUUUUUUUUUUUUUUCUUUUUUUUUGGUUUUUUUUGUUCAGGCAUGGCUGAUCUGCUGCAGCUGCUGCUACGGGUGGGUGAGAAGGCUGCAAAUGUGGCUCGGGUCUGCAGGCAGGAGGCUCCUCUGUUUCAGCUCCUUGUGCAGGAGAAGACUGGCGAUGACAAGAACAAGAAAUUUGUGCAGGACUUUAAGACGCUUGCCGAUGUGGUGAUCCAGGAGAUGAUCCGACAUGAUGUGGGCACUCAGUUCCCUGACAUGGAUGGUUUUAUUCAUGGAGAGGAGUCUAACAAGUUUGAAAACGGGCUUGGAGAAAGUGUGACGGUCACGGUGUGCAGCACAGAGGAGGAGACUGCGAAACUGCUGGCCACGGUGUUAGAUGGUGACCAUACAGCAGCAUCUCUGCUGGCACAAGCCAUCCACCAAGACCUGGCGACCAUUGAAGCGAGCACAGACGGCCUGACUGUUCCCCUCAGCCCCUCUGAACUUGGCAUCUGGAUUGACCCCAUAGAUGCCACCAGUCAGUACAUAGAGGGGCGUGAGGAAGUGGUAGAGGAGGGCGUCUUGUCUCCCUCAGGUCUGCACUGCGCCCUGGUUCUGAUUGGGGUCUACCUCCGGAGCACGGGCGAGCCUGUCAUGGGUGUUAUCAACCAGCCGUUUAACCACAAAGAUCCAACAGGUGGAGGCUGGAGGGGAAAGCAUUACUGGGGUGUGUCCUAUGGCAACAUCAACGUCUGUUCAGUUUCACCACCAAACUGUGGACCUAAAGGUCAACAAGGACUGUCUGUGGUACUGAGCUCAAGUGAAAAGCAGGUGGUGAAAGAAGCUCUGACCUCGCUGUGUGGCCCUGACAAGCUGAUAUACGCUUCUGGAGCCGGCUACAAGAUCCUCUGUGUCAUCCAGGGCCUUUCUGAUAUUUACGUUCUUUCAGAGGGAAGCACCUUUAAGUGGGACUCCUGUGCUCCUCACGCCUUGCUCCGAGCCCUCGGAGGGGGAGUGGUGGACUUGUCUAAGAGUCUGCAGUCCACCUGUGAAGGACGGGAUCACAACACAGAACUGAUCUACAACCAGCCUUACACCGAACACAAGGGAGCCGACCGCUGGGCUAAUCAUGGCGGCCUGGUGGCGUAUCGAGACUUAUCUCAGCUACGCAGCAUCAUCGGUGCACUAAAAGGCAAACUGUAGCUUAAAGAACUACCGCAAGCUAAUGCACUUAAUGUUGCAUAAAUUAUCAUAUUCAUGUUUUCUAUACUAGUCUGGGGAGAUGCGUGAGAAUAGAGGUGAUAUAUUUUACUCAGAAAUGCUAUUUUAAUUUUAACCAGACUUACGUGCAUUUAUUGCAAAGUGAACUACAGUUCUAGGGCAAAUGAUAUUAAUGCUGAGCAUCCCAAAAUUUUAAAACGGGUUUCUUUUGGAUCAUUAAACAAGCAGUCAAGAUUUAGGUUUGCAGUAUUUUUUUCCCUCAAAAUUCAAAUGAUUAUCUCAGAGUCAAAUUAAAAAAAAAAUAUAACAAACUGUCCUAUGCAAAAGUAAAUUGUAAAUAUUCCAAAUUAUCUUAUUUAUUUUGGGUCAACCAGCAGGAAAAUGAACUGACAUGGUUUCCAAUUUUGUGCUAAAUUAAUUUAUGUACAGGGAGGCUUAAUUUUUAUACGGGGCUGUUUAGAUGUUGGCUUCCUCCUUGCAGGAGGAACAAGUUAAGCAUUAUUUGUGAAUGGUUUCUAGCUCAGAGCUGCACUGAAUGAGCUCUUCACAUUUUAUCAUAGACAGAAGGAAAAAGUGCUCACUGCUGGACAGCUGAGAAAUAUAAAGCUGUAGGAAGGCAACACAAGACUGCUUCUAACUGACCCACAACAUCUUCUUAGUUACAGAUACUGAAGAAUGCAUUUUCACAAUCCUUGUUCUAAAUCUAACAUGUAAAAGGCUGUAACAAGUCAAAGGAGAGAAUCAACACCACUUCUCUGAAAUGGCUCCUUGUAAGGAGCAGAUGCUCUGCUCUCUUUUCAUGGCCCUAGCACAGUUGGUUAAAGGUCAACAAAUGGAAAAGAAAUGAAGUAAAACAGUGACAAAGAGUCCUUUUCACUGGGGCUUUACAGUAAAAUGAAAUGCUAGGCCAGGUGGAAGGAUGGGACUUAUGCAAGCAGCAGCAAGUUUGCAAUGUAAAAACUUCCUUCAAUGUGUUGUUUUCUCUGUAAAUGUAUGAAAUGUUUUAACUUUUAUAGACAAUAACAAAACACUGUAACUGACGAAUGAUGAGUAAACAAUGAACAGAAAAUGUAACCAACAUUUGUGCAUAUAGGAAAUCACCUUUAUUUGAAAACCGGAGAAAGCAGGGGAAACAAACCGAACAGUGAUAUUUUUAAAACUUCGUCAGCCGGGAACUCACCACACAAUUCCCGACAAAUAACCCUGAUGAUUGUCAAAUAUUUUUUGCAAUAAUUCUGCAUAUUCUGUCAAAAAAAACACACAAAAAAAACAAACUCUGGAGUGUCGGCUCUUUCAUUGACUUCUUGGACUUUUGCUACCUCUUUAAACACACCACUGCACAUUCUCAAAUCACAAAGUGUUAGAAUAAAGCGUCAUGUUGAGCAUGCUCAUGGCUGUGGGUCCAGUUUCCUAAACAGGGACUCAAGCAGAUCAUUGAAAUUUAACCUUCUGAAAAUAUGGAUACAACUAAUAAUGCGACAAGAAAAAAAUGUUUUAACAAAUAUGAA